GCUGUGUCUUGACGUGGCGCCGGGGCCGCCAUGUUGCUUGUGCCGUGUUGUCAGUAGCAGCUUCAGAGAAGCAGGUGAGUCGUUACUGAUUUACACCUGGUUUACCUCUACGAACACACACCCACCUGGACCCGAGGACACAGAGCUGGACGGUCCUCAGCUCUCCUGAGUCUCUGUUACCUGUCAGUGACGCUGCUGUUUAUCAGCUGUUAGCGGUUAGCUCACAGCUAACUGAGGGAGCAGUGGACUGAGUUUCUGCAGCUUCAGGUGAACAAGUAAGAAGCUCACCUGUCAGAGAGCCUGAUCAGCCCCCGACAGAGACCCCCCGACAGAGACCCCCCGACAGAGACCCCCGAUGGCGACCUUCCCAGAGUUCAUCGCUCAGAACGAGGAGCGGGACGGGGUCCGGCUCAGCUGGAACGUCUGGCCCUCUUCUCGUCUGGAGGCGACCCGGCUGGUGGUCCCGGUGGCGGCGCUGCUCUCCCCCCUCAGGGAGAGACCCGACCUGCCCCCCAUCCAGUACGAGCCGGUCCUCUGCAGCAGGGCCACCUGCAGGGCAGUGCUGAACCCCCUGUGUCAAGUGGACUACAGAGCCAAGCUGUGGGCGUGUAACUUCUGCUACCAGAGGAACCAGUUUCCCCCAUCGUACGCGGGGAUCUCGGAGGUGAACCAGCCGGCUGAGCUGCUGCCUCAGUUCUCCACCAUCGAGUACGUGGUGCAGCGGGGCCCCCAGAUGCCCCUGGUGUUCCUGUACGUCGUGGACACAUGCAUGGAGGACGAGGACCUGCAGGCCCUGAAGGAGUCCCUGCAGAUGUCCCUGUCCCUGCUGCCCCCCCCCGCGCUGGUUGGCCUCAUCACCUUCGGACGCAUGGUGCAGGUUCACGAGCUGGGCAGUGAAGGCAUCGCCAAGAGCUACGUGUUCCGGGGGGCCAAGGACCUAAGCGCCAAGCAGCUGCAGGAGAUGCUGGGUCUGACCAAACCUGCAGCGGCUCAGACCAGAGGGGCUCAGCCGACCCCCCCGCCACUCUGCAACAGGUUCCUGCAGCCAGUGCAGAAGGUGGACAUGAACCUGACCGACCUGCUGGGGGAGCUGCAGAGAGACCCCUGGCCCGUCACUCAAGGGAAGAGACCACUGAGGUCUCUGGGAGUCGCCAUGUCCAUCGCUGUGGGGCUGCUGGAGUGCACUUUCCCCAACACGGGGGCCCGGAUCAUGACGUUCCUGGGGGGUCCGGCCACACAGGGUCCAGGGAUGGUGGUGGGGGACGAACUGAAGACCCCCAUCAGGUCCUGGCACGACCUGGAGAAGGACAACGCCAAGUUCAUGAAGAAGGCCACCAAGCACUACGAGGCUCUGGCUAACAGAGCGUCGGCUAACGGUCACAUCAUCGACAUCUACGCCUGCGCUCUGGAUCAGACCGGCCUGCUGGAGAUGAAGUGCUGCCCCAACUACACCGGGGGCUACAUGGUGAUGGCGGACUCCUUCAACACCUCCCUCUUCAAGCAGACCUUCCAGAGGGUCUUCACUAAAGACGUGCAGGGCUCCUUCAAGAUGGCCUUCAACGCCACCCUGGAGGUCAAGACGUCCAGAGAGAUCAAGGUCUCCGGAGCUAUCGGGCCCUGUGUGUCUCUCCACGCUAAAGGCCCCUGCGUCUCAGAGAACGAGAUAGGAACGGGAGGAACCAGUCAGUGGAAGAUCUGCGGUCUGGACCCCAGCACCACUCUGGCUCUCUACUUCGAGGUCGUCAACCAGCACAAUGCUCCGAUCCCUCAGGGCGGAAGGGGGGCGAUCCAGUUCGUCACCCAGUACCAACACUCCUCAGGACAGAGACGCAUCCGGGUCACCACCACCGCCAGGAACUGGGCGGACGCUCAGUCUCAGAUCCAGAGCAUUGCAGCAUCCUUCGAUCAGGAGGCGGCGGCCAUACUGAUGGCGAGACUGGCAGUGUAUCGGGCGGAGACCGAGGAGGGGCCGGACGUCCUGCGCUGGCUGGACCGACAGCUCAUCAGACUGUGUCAGAAGUUUGGAGAUUACCACAAAGACGAUCCAAACUCCUUCAGGUUCUCAGAGACCUUCUCCCUCUACCCUCAGUUCAUGUUCCACCUGCGGCGCUCUCCCUUCCUGCAGGUGUUCAACAACAGUCCUGAUGAAAGCUCAUACUACAGACACCAGUUCAACAGACAGGACCUGACGCAGGCGCUCAUCAUGGUGCAGCCCGUGCUCUACGCCUACUCCUUCAGCGGACCCCCUGAACCGGUGCUGUUGGACAGCAGCAGCAUCCUGCCUGACAGAAUCCUGCUGAUGGACACCUUCUUCCAGAUCCUCAUCUACCACGGAGAGACGGUGGCUCAGUGGAGGAAGGCGGGCUAUCAGGAGAUGCCGGAGUACGAGAACUUCCGGCAUCUCCUCCAGGCUCCGGUGGACGACGCUCAGGAGCUGCUUCACGCUCGCUUCCCCAUGCCGAGAUACAUCGACACGGAGCACGGGGGCAGCCAGGCCCGCUUCCUGCUCUCCAAAGUAAACCCCUCCCAGACACACAACAACAUGUACGCCUGGGGACAGGAGUCUGGAGCCCCCAUCCUGACCGACGACGUCAGUCUGCAGGUGUUCAUGGAUCACCUGAAGAAACUGGCUGUGUCCAGCGCUGCAUGAUCACCUCUGACCCAGCCGAUCUCCACCUGACCUCCCCUUCUUACCUGAUCUCCACCUGACCUCCCCUUCUUACCUGAUCUCCACCUGACCUCCCCUUCUUACCUGACCUCCACCUGACCUCUCCUUCUUACCUGACCUCCACCUGACCUCCCCUUCUUACCUGACCUCCACCUGACCUCCCCUUCACCUCCCCUUCUUACCUGAUCUCCACCUGACCACUCCUUCUUACCUGACCUCCACCUGACCUCCCCUUCUUAACUGACCUCCACCUGACCACUCCUUCUUACCUGACCUCUACCUGACCACUCCUUCUUACCUGACCUCCACCUGACCUCCCCUUCUUACCUGACCUUCACCUGACCUCCCCUUCUUAACUGACCUCCACCUGACCACUCCUUCUUACCUUACCUCCACCUGACCACUCCUUCUUACCUGACCUCCACCUGACCUCCCCUUCUUAACUGACCUCCCCUUCUUACCUGACCUCCACCUGACCACUCCUUCUUACCUUACCUCCACCUGACCACUCCUUGUUACCUGACCUCCACCUGACCUCCCUUCUUAACUGACCUCCACCUGACCUCCCCUUCUUAACUGACCUCCACCUGACCUCCCUUCUUAACUGACCUCCACCUGACCUCCCCUUCUUACCUGACCUCUACCUGACCACUCCCUCUUACCUGACCUCCACCGGACCUCACCUUCUUACCUGACCUCCACCUGACCACUCCUUCUUACCUGACCUCCACGUGACUUCCAUCUCCACACCUGACCUCCACCUGACCUCCUCUUGUUACCUCACCUCCACCUGACCGCUAUCUCUUAAACUCCACCCCCUAACCUGACCCCCCCUUCCCCUCACCGGUCCAUUUUGUUUUCCCUUAUUUGCUGCCUAUGUUCCCGUGACGACCAGCCGAACAUCAAACGUUCUGUCAGUUAUUGGGCGUCUCUGAACCUGUGUGUGCCCAGGUGUGCCCAGGUGUUUCAGUGUGAUGUCAGGAGUCCUGAGUUCUGCUACAGACACAGAACACUGACCUGUUUAUGACCCUGUUAAUAAGAGUGGGGGUCUGAGAGACACCAACGCUGUCUUCAUGUUUACUCUGCAUGUUUUUGUUUUGAGUUCAUAUCUAAUACUUCAUGUUGUUAUCAAACUAUAUUUACUCCGUUUAUCCUCAGAUACAAUGAUCAGCAAACAGUAGGGCCCAAAGACUCAAUAACGUGAGGAGAAAAACUUCAUAUUUUUAAACAUUUCAGUUAUUAUUGGGCUUAAUGGAAAAAAAUCUGUAAUAUUAUUAAUAAUUAUACUACGGUUAAAAUAAAAUAACUUUACAAGACAAUACAUUCAGAUGUAGUUCUGGUUAUUAGACAGUCUUUCAUUCUUCUAAAGUUAAGUUAUUGUUAUUUCGAAGCAGUCAUUAUGUAACUUGAUAUUUUCCUAUAGAUUGUUAAACCAAAAGCUGCCUGUGGAAACGUUGAGAGAAAGUCAGAUUUUAAUAUAAUAAAUAUAAUGAUGAACUUGUGAGGGAACAGCUGACCUCGGAUCUGUUUCUCAAUGUGUGUUUUAAUGUCGUCAGGGAUAUAAAAUAUGAGAUUAAAAAGUGGAAAAAAUCAAACGGCAGAAACAGAUCACUCUAGUUUGAUCCAUCAGUUGUAACUCUUCCUCUCGAGAGACGUCUGCUCUCUGGGGAGAUCCCUCUGUAGUCGACUGUCUUUAUUCUCCUGUUUCUAAUAAAACUCUGCUGUGGAGAAACUGCUGUCUGAACUUCUGUAAAAACUCCUCCUCGAUCAUCUUGGCACAUCACAUCACUCCAUCCUCAUCCCACUGCACUGUACAGGAAUCCUCCUGCUCAAACAAAACGUUUACAUCAGGGGUUCACAGGUACAUUUACAGAGUGGAAAUAAAUAUAUACGUUUAA